AAUUUUAUUAUUUCGAUAUUGGUCGUUGACCACAGUAAAUUCAAGUAGUUCCAUUUUGUCUUUUCCGGUGUAAAGGUUAAUCCAGAGUGCGCUAAAAUGGCUGACAACUCGGCAGUAUUCCUUAAGGCUUUUCAAAUGUUCGAUUCCAAAAAAUCUGGACGAAUUGAAAAUGAAAGGGUUCGCACUAUUUUAAGUACACUUGGACUACGUUUCACCGAUGAAGAAUUGGACGAACUCAUUGAUGCUGAAGAUACCGGUGAUGGAACUAUUGAUUUCGAUGCAUUCGAGCGUGUGGCUAACCACUUUCAAGAGGAGGACGAUGAGGCUAUCCAGCAGGAGCUGAAAGAGGCCUUCAGAUUGUAUGACAAGGCUGGCAAUGGUUACAUUCCAACAUCAUCGUUGAAAGAAAUCCUCAUGGCAUUAGACGAUCAAUUAAACAAUGACCAACUCAAUGAGAUGAUUGCCGAAAUUGAUACUGAUGGUUCGGGAACAGUUGAUUUUGAAGAAUUCAUGGAAAUGAUGACUGGCGACUAAACCUCAAAUUGAAUUAGCGGCAAAUGCAAUUUUGUAUAGUUUGGUAGUUGUAUACGAUGUACAUAUAAAAUGCAUGCAACAUGAACAAAUUUAAAGUGAAUCUAAUAAAUGUACUUGUUUAAUUGUU